AUGCAAGAUGAGCAGAGAGGUGAAGAGGAAAAACGACAAGCGAUCGAGGAGGAGGAGGAGGAGAAGAAGAUUGCUGGCUCAAGCGGAAGCGGUGGCGAUGGAGAAUUUCCAAAGGCAGCGUUGGCGGUGGAGCUGCCCAAUGAGUUAGUGGUGUUGGAAGUGCUCACAAGGCUUCCGGUCAAGUCUCUGAUGCGAUUCAAGUGCGUGUCAAAUCUGUGGCGCUCAACCAUCUCCCAAGAUCCUUCCUUUUCCAAAAUCCACCGUACUCGGCAUUCCCCCUCCCGCGCUGGCGGCUUGUUCAUUACAUAUCCCGACGCCGAUGACUCCUUACGCUGCUUCUACGCAACCACCCUCCCUUCUUCUUCGUGCCCUGGUGGUGGUGAAUCCGUGUUGGUGCCUCACCAAUUUACUGCUACUGCUUCGAAUUCCUGCAGCAAAUACAAUGGAGCUACGGACGUCGUAAAGGGCCUAUUUUGUUUGUACGCGGGUAAUCGAUCGUGGAUAUGCAACGUCUCUACCCGUGAAAUCAAGGGGCUUCCUUUCUCAUCGGAUUUGGAAAAUAGCGUCGCUUUUACUUAUUUCCUUGGCUUUGCUUCUACUGGGAAGGAAUACAAGUUACUCAAAUUUUGUUUCCUUCCUUUUUAUGACGAGGGUAUUGUUUGUGUCCGUGCUUUAAUAUGCGAGAUUCUCACUAUGGGCAAGGACGCCUCGUGGAGACGGCCUUGGGAUUUGUUGGAGUCUCCGGAAGUUGGCUUAUCAUUGAGCCGAACUAGCGUUUACAUCGACGGGUUCCUCUGUUGCUGGCAUCGCAGUGGUUUCAUUUUGAUUGUUUUCAACUUUGAAGAUGAGACCUUUCAAGAGAUUUACCCACCACCGAAGUCUAGUGGCUCGUUGUACUCCGAGGAUGGUUCAUUACUGCUGCAAUUUGGAGGCCAUUUCGCUCUAGUUAGAGGUCUACACGGCAGGUUAGUUAACCAAGAAUUAAAGAUUUGGGUUUUAGAGUUGAACAAAGAUAAACAAGGAUCAUAUGAAUGGAUUAACCGCAUCAUCGAAGUUCCAUGGGAUUUCCCUGUUCGUGGAUGUAGUUUCACUGGGAACCUCCCCCUCCCCACAGGUGAUCAGAUGUUAUUGACUGGCCUAGUGGAGUUUACUAAUAAUAAGUCUGCAGUGCCUGUUUAUUCAUUCGAUCACACUAAAGGCAAGUUUGAAAAACUUGUAAUUGGCAACUUCCCAUCUUGGUCGUCCCAAGUUCCUUCACUCUAUCGCAAAGACGUAAAUAAGUUCCGUGUAUACUAUUAUGAGGAAGAUAUCACACCAUGGAAUGAUUUGGUUAUUAGUGACAACGAAUUGGGCCUCACUGCUGCCAGUUGCACCAAAAAGAAGAAGAAAAAGAGGAAGAAGAAGAGUAGCAGGACGACUACUCUGAGUGAUUGA